AUAUGUAUGAAGAUGAAACUUUCACAAGAUGUGUAAUUAUUAGUCAUAAUUCAUAUCCUAAAAUUUCAGCUCGAUCCGUCUGGCGCAAAAAAAGUCGAUUUUUCAAUCUCUCUUGAUAUGGUUUGUUCAAUAUGACAUGUACGCGGUCAUAGUAUACAGUACUUUUAUGAAAAGUUAUUUUUUUCGUGGAACAUAUCAAUUGUCUCUUAUCAAAACGCCAGGAACGUAAACCACUUUUAUAGAAAAACUUCUAUUGGUUCAAAACAGCCAUUAUUGCAUCUCUAUCGUCAUCCAUCAACGAUGAUCCCAGAAAAAUGACUUGGACAAGAAAAAUAUUCCACUACAAUGUCUAUUUCUCUCUAUAGUUUCGAAUAAUAAAAAUAAAAAUCUUCGAAAAAUUGUCAUGACUUGUGGCUCCCCCACGAGUGAAUUUCUCGUUAUUGAUUCGAUGAGUCACUAAGUUCUAACUAACUGUGUAAUAUUUUAUUAGUUCAUUCCAUUUUGUCUAUGUUAAUAUACUCAGCUCUUUUCCGGUGCUGAUUAACGAACAGUGAAAGGAAUAAAAUGUUUGUAUCUUUUAAAAAAAUUUUUAUUAAUCAUUUUCUUUUAUGCACUAUUAGGUCAACAGGAAAUACACUUGUGGAACUUCAUCAAUUUUUUGAAGAUGAUCCAGAUGAUUAUCGAUUGGAGAUGGAAGCUGAAAUUCGGCUUAAAGCUCUUUAUUCAUGUCUUGUUAAUGCAACAUCAAGAACAAUGCUACAAAUUGGUUUAAGUGGUUUAUUAACAUAUCUUAAAGCAUCUCAAAGAAGUCCUAUUAUUGAUGAAUUACUUUUAUCAAAAGAUUAUAUUUCAGAAAUUAUUACUAUUGCUGCUGACCAUUUUACAACAGCACCAUUACUCUCAGCAACAUGUCUUUAUGAAUGUAUGUUGCAUUAUCCAAAAAAAUUUUCACCAUUUCUCAUUAAUAAAUUUCGUCCAUUAUUACCUCGUAUUAUCUAUAAAAAAAUGUCUGGUCCAAGCGAGAUUUGUUGCAAAUGUAUUGCUCAUUUAUCUGUACUUGGAAUACCAUCAACUUCAAAACAAGCUAAAUCAUGGAAAAAUGAAUACGAUCGAUAUCUUAAAAUAGCUUCUCUUCUUAUUGAUCAACUUUAUUCAGGAAUAAAUGAUUAUCUUUGUUCGGAUAUAACUGAUAUUGAAACAACAUUAACAGCUGAAAUUGGUGAUGUUAUUUCAUCAACUGAUUAUGCGGCUAUUUUUUCUAAUUGUUGUAAUAUAUUAAGAUAUCUUUUUUAUGUGCAAUUGGAUUCACCAGUAACAGUGUCAUGUGAACGAACAUUUAAAUUAAUAUCAAAAGUCAUAUCCAUUAAUAGCCAACAAUUUAACACACUUCAUCGUAAACAACAUUUACCAACAUUACUUGGUUCUUGCGUUCAAUUAUGUGAUACACUUGUUACUUUUAAUCCAUCAUCAUUUAUGUUUAAUAUUCGAUCAAUAUUUACAUUAUUUAUUUCAUUACUUGAUAUUGUACGUCCACAAGCUGAAUACUUAACAUUAUCAAUAAAUAUUUAUCAAUUAUUAACAAAUUUAUUCGCAUUAUUUCAUCGACAAGUACGAAUUGAUGUUGAUGUAUUACAAAAAUUAAUUCGUUGGAUUAUAAAUGAUACAACAUUACGUACACGAUCGAAAAUACCAAUUGCAUAUUUAUCAAGACCAGAUCAUAAUUUAUCUCGAAUUGUGAUUAAUUGUUCUCAACAACUGCUCAAUAUUUAUUCGGAUCAUAUGCCGAAAGAUCAAUAUAAUCUUAUUCAAAAUCAUUUUAUACAAACACUUAUGAUUUGUCAAUCAAUAAAUAAUAGUAUUAAUAAACCAUAUGAUGAUGAAAUAUGUCGUGUUGGUUUAUAUAAUAUUCUUGAAUGUUUAUUAAUUAAUGAAAGAGCUGAUUGUUCAACAAUUAUUGCUAUUAGUAAAGAUUUAAUUGAUAAUGCUGCCUUAUUAGAUCCAUCUGUUAAAGUUAAAAUGGCUGUACGUAAAUUAAAACUUGUAUGGCAACAAGUACACGAUUCAACAAGUCAUUUAUAUCAACCAUGGUCAUUUUUAAAUGUUGAUAAACCACGAAAAGUUAUUCCUAAUAAUAUUAAUUAUUCAACAACAACAAAUGAACUUCGUAAUGUAUUUUUACCUCCAUCAAUGCCAAUGAUGAGUAAUGUCGAAACAUCAUCAAUAUCAAUGAUGAAUACAGAACAACCACUUUUAAUUAAUUCUCAAUCUAUUUCAAAACCAUUAGUUCAUCAAACUCCUAUGGAGACAGCAACAAAUGUAUUUUUACAACCACCAACUUCAAUGACAUAUCCAACUCUUGAUGCUUUACCUCAAUCACAGCCAACAAAUCUCGAAACAUUUGUUUCACCUGUUAAAGAACAUCAUAAAGAAGAAUAUAAUCAAGUAUCUGAACAACAACGAAAACGACCAAAAUUAGUCGAUACACGACCAGUUGAAAUUGACGAUGAUGAAGAAGAAGAUGGAGCUGAACAAAUUUUUGCUGAUGAAAGUGAUGACGAAGUACACGAGAAUGAACACAUGGAUGAUUAUGAUGAAGAAGUUGGUGAAGAAAGUGAAGAAAUGGAUGAAAGUGAUGAAGUUGAUGAUGAAGAUGAUGAUGAUGAUGAUGAUGAUGAAGGUAGAUCAGAUAUUAGUUCUGAUGAUAAUGACGAACGUUUAAUACAUACAAAUGGUAUUAAAAAAACCAAUCAACGUUUAGGUGUUCAUCAAUCAAAUGUUGAUCUACUUGGUAUGGAUGGUGCACAAUCGGAUUUAUAUCUUCAAACAAUGAAUGAUAAUCUUCAUAAAAAGUUUCGUCGUCACAAUCAUUUUGAUCGUCAUUAUUCAUCUUUACAUCCAAUAUCAGGAGAUUUUUCACAUAAUAUUAAUAAUACUAAUAAUCAAAUCUAUCAUCCUACACAAUUAAAUGGUGAUUAUAAAAAUAAUAUUAAUAAACCAACAGUUGGUAAUGGUCAAGUAUUAUCAAAAAAAGAUGCUGAUAAUGAUAAUGAUGAUGAUGAUAUUGUAUUAGUUAGUGAUGAUGAUAGUGAAGAUAAAAAAUCAGAAACAAAAACAAAUAGUAUAUAG